UGCAUUCCUGGCUGUGGUGGGGAGCCCCUACAUCAGGCGUCAGGCGUCUCCGCAAACAACGCGUGUCAAAACCCUCUAAGCGGACCGCUAUUUUGGUUUCCCUCAACUAGCAAGGUCAUGAAUAGAAACCCCUUCCUCGACAAGUGGCAGAAGAGUACAAACUUUCGCUCUUGUUUACAUGUUACUCUACUUUCAUUCUGCUCAUCAUCUACAACGGAGGAUUUGAUCAUCUCCCAGUAUCCUCCCAAGGUUGUCAAGAAAAUAAACUAUGUUCUACUCGCCGAGACCUUUUACGUCUUAGCGACCACAUCACUGAAGAUCGCACUAGGACUCUUCUUCCUUCGAAUCCUCACGAAACCCUGGCAGCGGAAGACGUUCUAUGUCAUACUGAGCAUUUCAAGUGUGUACGGAUGCUUGUACAUCUUUGUGGUCAUCUUUCAGUGCAAAGACCCGCGAGAUUUGUCCAUCCAUGUCAUUACCGAUACAUGCCUCCCAGAUACUUUUCUUCUCACUGCUGGAUACCUCUACUCCAGUAUAAACACUAUCACCGACUGGACCUUCGUUUUGGUCCCGCUGCUCAUGCUGAGUACCCCCAAUAUGGACCGCAAAACAAAGUUCUCCGUUGGGAUAAUCAUGGCUUUGGGCGCUGUUGGAAGCGUAGGAAGUAUACUUCGGAUAGUCUAUGUAAAGGGGAUUAUAUUCGGUCCGGACUUCUUUGAUAAUACAGCACUACUUCAUAGGAUUCAAAUCGGGAUGUGAGCUGACGGAGACAGCGAAUGCUUCCUACGUCGCAAUCUACCCAACGGUCGAGGCAGGCGCAGGGAUUGCAGGGCUCUUGCUACGUUGCGCCCUCUGAUGCGUCAAGCCGCGCAGGCC